AUGGGCAAAGAUUACUACAAGACCCUUGGACUGUCAAAGGGGGCUUCAGAGGAGGAUAUAAAGAAGGCAUAUAGAAAACAAGCUCUGAAGUAUCACCCCGAUAAGAAUAAGGACCCCGGAGCUGAGGAGCGAUUCAAAGAGAUUGCAGAGGCCUAUGAUGUACUCAGCGAUCCGAAAAAGAGGGAGAUCUUUGACAAAUAUGGGGAAGAAGGCCUAAAGGGAACCCCGGGCGGUAGAGGAGGUGGUCCCAAUGGUCCUUCUUUUAGUUACACUUUCCACGGAGAUCCUCAUGCCAUGUUUGCAGAGUUUUUCGGAGGCCGUAACCCAUUUGACACCUUCUUUGGGCGAAAUGAUGAAGACAUGGACACAGAAGAUCCUUUCUCAGGGUUUGGCAUGGGCGGUAUGGGAGGAAUGGGAGGCUUUGGUCACCUAGGUGGCUUCCCGAGAGCUGCUCCAGGCCGGGGUCCACCGAUAAACAAGAAACAAGAUCCGCCAAUAAUCAGGGAGCUCCCAGUCUCUCUUGAGGAAAUUUUCAGUGGCUGCACAAAGAAAAUGAAGAUUUCCCACAAGCGUCUGGGUCUCGAUGGGAGAAGUGUACACAGUGAGGAUAAAAUCCUCACCAUUCAGGUGAAGAAAGGCUGGAAGGAAGGAACGAAGAUCACAUUCCCCAAAGAGGGUGACGAAACGCCAACCAACAUCCCUGCAGAUAUUGUGUUUGUGCUGAAAGACAAACCACAUUCAGUAUUCAAGAGAGAUUCAUCAAAUGUGGUGUACACAGCCAAGAUCAACCUGAGAGAGGCUCUUUGCGGCUGCUCAGUCAACGCCCCCACAUUGGACGGACGCACUAUUCCUGUUGUCAGCAGGGACAUUAUCAACCCGGGGACCAAACGCAGAAUUCAGGGAGAAGGACUUCCAUUCCCAAAAGCUCCAGAUCAGCGAGGCGAUCUGAUAGUAGAGUUUGACAUCCGCUUUCCUGACCGCCUUUCCACUGCUGCUCGUGAAACACUAGAGAGGGUUCUGCCUGCAUAA